UUAUCAAUGUUGAUACAAGGGCAGAGUGUGGGGCUCACACAAUAAAUACACUUAAGGUUGUACUGAAACGGUAGCGAAACUAAGAUGCGUACGGUUGUGCUCUCGUUCGUUUUAAGCUGCCUGUUGUGCAUGCCAAUGGUGCAAUGUGAACAGAAUGCAACAAACUUAGCCACCAACGUCACGGCUGCGGCUGCGGCCAACAACAAUGCAACUGCAGGUAAAAUCUAUCAACUUGUUCAGACUCAAGUCAAAGUGUCCAACUCAACGGAGUUUGUGAAGGAGCUGCUGAGUGCGGAGAAGGACAAGCAAAAUACCACUGAAAAUACGGCGAGAGCACGAACGAUUGGCAAGACGGAUAUUGCGCAGUUGUCCAGCAAUGUGUCAACAACAACGACAACAACAAGCACAACAACUACGCAGGCGCCGGCGACUCAAGCUAAAAAAGCCAGCAAGGGCCCGGUUGUAGCUGAAGGCGUUUCGUUGGAUGACACAAGUGCUAAAAAUCAAACCAUUGUGCCGACUUUGAAUGCAACAGUCAGCAACAACAACAACACCGACACCAGUAAAAGCAAUAGCAGCGUCAGUAGCAUACCGCCUACAACCAGCAGCAGCACAACGAACACAACUAUUAGCAGCAACAGUAGCUCAGCUCCAACUGCCAACGCGACAACAAGCACUACAAUAAGCUCCACCAGCACAUCCACAACGACUACGACAAUAACUACUACGUCUUCGACAACGACAACCACAACCACACCACGUCCCACAAAGCCCAAGAUAUUAUAUGGAACGGGCGUGCAUCCAGAAUGGGAAGAGAAAAAUGCGGAAAAGUCGGCGACACUACAAAAACCACAGGCGGGGUCUUCAUCAUCGAGUCAAACAGGUGCCGCUCCAUCACCAGUUCUCCCCGAACCGGAACCGCCGCUGGCGCAGCCCUCGCAGGAGCUGAGCAGCAGCAGCCAGCUUGUUAAUCGCGGCAGCAAUGAGUACAUUGUGCCUAUUGUGACAGUCCUUCUGACCGUGCCACUCGCCAUUGGCGUAAUCAUUACCAUGUAUCGUCGCUUCCGGGACUUCUGGUCCACUCGCCAUUAUAGACGCAUGGAUUUCUUGGUCGAUGGCAUGUACAAUGACUGACGAAGAUGCCAAGUAAGUGUACGAAGUGAUUGUGGAGGCGGGUGUGUCAACGAUGCGCUCCUGCCCUAAGGAGCAACAGAAAUUGCAAGAAACUUCGCAGAUGCGAUCAUCAUUAUUAUUGAUUUUAUUCGUUAUUUAUUGGUUUUUAUUGCUUUCGCUCUGCAUAAAAUGCGAGCAACGGUGAAAUAUGGAGAGAAGUGGAAUGUCAAAUGUUGGUGCGGAGAAAAAGAAAGAAAGCGAGAGAGAGAUAGCGCAUAAAUUGCUCAGUCAAUUAAAAAUCACAAAUAUAUUAGCAAAAUUGAAGCUUUCAAACGUGAAUAUGUAUUUGCUAAGAACAUAUACUAGCGGCCAAAUUGAAUUAGUUUUACGAAUUUUAUAUUAGCUUAUAAAAAAUGUUGUGCUAGCAAAUGUGAAAGAUUAUAAAAUUCUAUGCCGAGACAAAUGAUUAAUUUGCCCUCUUUAUGAAAUGAAAUAUGAAAUGUCUCUGCAUGGUUAACAAUCGACAGUAAAUAUAUUUAAUAUUAUGCUCGAAAACCAACACUGAUAAUAAUAUAAAUAUUCUUAAGCAUUUCGGUUUACAUAAA